CUGCCCUGCUGUGGGGUCGGCACAGCGCACCCACGCCGCCGCUCAAAACGCAGAGACGAGGGAAGGGAAAGCACGCCCGAAAUUUCCGAGGUUUGCGCCUCUCGCAGCGCGCAAACACCACCCGGAGCGGCUCGCCGUCGGCGCGGAGGAGGAGACCGGAGGAGGCUACGCGAUGGCGGAAGAGAAUGCUGGAAAGAAAGAGGAGGAGGAAUUUAGCACAGGUCCUCUGUCUGUCCUAAUGAUGAGUGUUAAGAACAACACCCAGGUGCUCAUCAACUGCCGCAACAACAAGAAGCUGCUUGGCCGUGUUCGUGCUUUUGAUCGCCACUGUAACAUGGUGCUUGAGAACGUGCGGGAAAUGUGGACUGAGGUCCCCAAGACCGGCAAGGGCAAGAAGAAGGCUCUUCCUGUGAACAAGGACAGGUUCAUCAGCAAGAUGUUCCUCAGGGGUGACUCAGUCAUCAUCGUGCUGAGAAACCCGAAGUGAGCGUCCAGCAAGCCACCUUGAUCUGGGGUUUGAGGAAGCCAUGUAUCUGUUGAAGACUGUAGCUUAUCUACUUAUGUAUGUUUUUUGGAGGAUUAACUGGUAGUCUGUAACCGCUGCUCAUGUGGGUGGUGGCGCAUUAGCACACGUUUCAUGAGUUUGUUUUGGAGUAUGUACCUGCCAACUGCAGUAUUUUGAUCACGGAAUGCUGCGCUUGCGUUUCUGGUUAUGGAACUUGUGCGACGUCA